AAACGUUUUACUUUUAUUGAUAUUUAUUUCUACCACUGAGUUGUGGAGUGAUGCCCUGCAUCUAAUCCAUCCCAUCCUCAGGUUGAUAUAGCAAAAGAGGAGGGGAGGGGUGUCACACUCCAGUGAGAUGGAAGAGACAAAACAUAGUCCUGCGACUAUUGGAAAAUGGAUCUGAAGGAAACACAGCCAAGUGAUGGUGAAUGAUUGAGUCAUUUUAUGCCUCUGUCUUCUGCCCAUUGGUUUCGGCGUGUUAAGUAACUGCCAGGCAGCUGGACGCGGUCCCAUCUUAUAACAGCAGUGUGGAUGCGGCAGCAGACUCUGGACCAGCCAGUCGACAUGGAAGCAUGACCUUUGCCCUUUCUACUCCUGUGUUAGCCAGUGUGUCUGCGGGAGGCACAUGAGGUGACUGGAACAUAGUUGUUUAUUUGAGGUUUUCUCCCGUCUGAGUUUCACCUUCAGCGCCCCGGGGUGUGUCUGGAGCAGAGGUUUGAGUCGUCGCCUCAGUGUCCCUCCAGCGUGGAGAACCAAUAACACGCCGCAAUAAAAGAUGACAACACAGAUGAGGUCUGGGAACUUCGGACAGGGGUCAGCGAGUCACCCGGUAUUUAUUGUGUCAUGGCUGUGUAUAAAUAGUGCCUGACACCUGAGAGCCUUUGACAGACGUCUCUGAUCCCUGAGGUGCUUUCUUCAGAUCAUCAUGAGGGUUGCUGUGGUUCUCCUGGCUCUGGCCGUAGUCUCUGGCUGCCAUGGCCGAAUGGUCCCGCAGGACGACUGGGCCGACUCCUUGGGCUCCACACUGCAGACCAUGACCGACUACUUCAACACUAUCAACACCAAAGUUGAAGAUCUGAUGACGGACAUCGCCACCGGCCAGUUCACCAAAGAGCUGAACGCCUUUUUUAGAGAGAACUUUGGGGAGCUUAAGACCUACAAGGACAUCGUGGAGAACAAGCUGGCUCCGUACUCCCAGGAGGCCGCUGAGCGUCUGGGCCAGGACCUGAAGAAUCUCGGGGACAAGAUGGCGGAGCACAUGCAGGAGACCCGGGAGCAGAUGGACAAGUACGCGCAGGAGCUGCAGACCAUGAUGGAGCAGAACGUGGAAGACGUCCGUCACCGCGUCACCGCCUACACACGCAAGCUGAAGAAGCGUUUCAACAAGGACUCCACCGAGUUCCAGAGAAACUUCGCCAACUACCUGUCCACCCUGGAGUCCAACGCCUCCGACAACGUGGAGGAGCUGAGGAGGAACAUGGAACCGUACUUGACCCAGAUGCGCGACCACACGCAGACCAAGGUGGAGUCGGUCAACGACAUGCUGAAGACCCAGUAUGAGAAUGUGAAGGACCAGAUUGAGAGCGCAGGAAAGGGCAUCAAAGACAGCUUCGAGACGACCUCCGAAGACGUGACCUCCAACCUGCGGGAGAAGAUGGAGGAGAUCAGCCAGUGGUUCCAGUCCCUGUUGCAGUAGACGCUGUCGCCAGUCUGAGCUGUCCAGACUGCUUUGUUGUGUGCUCCAA